AUGAAUAACCCAGACACAGAUCUAGAAAGUGUUCGUCACGAGUAUCGUGCACAAUUAUCCGAGUUAACAUUUAACUCGAAACCAAUAAUCACCAAUUUGACAAUUAUUGCUCAAGAAAAUAUUCAUGUCGCGCGUGCUAUUGUACAAGCGAUAGAAGAUCAAAUCAAAGUGUCACUUCCGCCUCAAAAGUUGCCAGUUUUAUAUCUACUAGAUUCAAUAAGUAAGAAUGUUGGUGGAGUGUACAUUACACUUUUCUCUCAUAAUCUUUUACACACAUUCAUUGACGCAUAUCAUGCGGUCGAUGAUGCCACAAAACAAAAAUUCGAGCGUGUUUUAAAUACUUGGAAAGUUGGUCCUAAUGGUGGACCAGUGUAUCCUCUUGACGUGACUACAUCGAUUGAAAGGGCUUUGAUUAAACAACAACAAAUGCGAUAUCAGAGUAGAGGAUCGAUUGAUGGACGAAAUCAUAUUCACAUUAAUCCUAAUUUUCUAGCUGGAAUACAACAAAAUCAAAAUUCGUUGAAUAAUUAUCAACAACCUCAACAAACACCACAAACAUCUCAAACACUCAUCACUUCACAUGCUUCUGCCCCACUCUCACACACGCUUCCUCUUACACAACAACCCCAAUCAUCACAACCACAAUGGGCCGAUAACGCUCACUAUACUAAUGAUGGUGGUGGUGCUGGUGCAAAUUCAUAUACAUCCACCUCUACAACGACACAUCCAAGUCGUCAAGGAUAUUAUUCAACUCAAACGGUGAGUUUUAUUCCACCACCCGAUCAAGCACGCCUUAUACAAGAAUAUCGAGCUUUAUUAUCACAACGGCAACAAUACGCACUACAAAAUGCAGGAGAUCCUAAUAAUCAAGUACAAAUUCAAACUUUACAAGGGUUAUUGGAUUUAUUUCAAAUGACGACCCUAACACCGGAUCAAAUUCAGCAACUUCGUCAACAAAUUUCUAAUUAUAUUGGUGCUUCUGCUAAUCGAACUAAUAUUAAUCAUAAUGGUGUUGGUGUUGGUGUUGGUGAUGUUCGAGGAGUAGGGGGAGUAGUAGGAGGAACAACACCUCCAAUUGUUGUUAGUGUAACAGGAUCUAUGCUUAAAGAACUAGGCAAAAUUCAAUUGACGAGUAGCGACAUUCAAAAGAAACGUGAAGGUGCAAUCGCUAUAUUAUAUGACGCGUUUCCACUUCAAUGCAAACAAUGUGGAUUUCGAUAUGCUAAAACGGGAGAGGGUAAGGCAAAGAUGGAUGCUCAUCUUGAUUGGCAUUUUCGACAAAAUCGUAGAAUGAAAGAUAAAGCAAAGACAGCUCAGAGCAGGAAUUGGUUUGUUAUUGAGGAGGAUUGGGUUUAUUCCCGUGAAUCGGAAAUAAAUACAAUUAUUCAUUCAGCAGCCUAUUUCGAACCAGCACCUUCUUCAUCCGUCUCGUCAUCUACCCCCAAAAAAUCAGCUCCCGUGACUCAACAACAACCACAGCAAUCAAAAGAAGAGGAAGUGAUGAACGAGUCAACGGUGAUUGUACCAUUAGACUGGGAAAAGAUGAGUAAACCUUGUCCGAUUUGUCAAGAGAAAUUCAAGAAAUAUUAUAGUGAUGCGGACGAUGAAUGGAUUUUCAAGAAUGCUGUCGAGAUUGAUGGUGUGAUCUACCACGCGAGUUGUUAUGCUGAUGUUGCAAAGAAUCAAGAAACGACGCAGUCGUCGUCCCGUGAAAGCACCCCAAGCUCAGUACUUGGAAAACGAAAAGCCGAAGAGUCACAGCCUGAAGUUCUCGAAGUCCAAAAACGACCGGCCCUUGUUUCAUGA